AUGCGAUCCUCACGUCUAAACAUUGAGCUCGGGGUUGAGGCCCCUCGUGCUGUCUACAACUGGCGGGUCUAUGCUCUGGCAUUGGUCAGCAGCAUGGGCGCAGUUAUGUUUGGGUAUGACCUCGGCUUUAUUGGGACAGCUAUCGAGCUUGAAUCAUUCAAAGAAGACUUUGGGCUUCUCCGCGCCAGCCCUUCGAGAAAGUCAGCCUUCUCCUCCAAUGUCGUAUCUCUCCUUCAAGCUGGAUGUAUUGUCGGCUCUCUGGCGGCUGGCCCGUUCAGUGAUAAGUUUGGUCGUCUUCUCAGCCUUUUUUUGACAGCCCUCUUCUACAAUGUCGGCUCUGCCAUCCAAACCGCUGCUCAUGGGUCCGAGGCUCUCAUGCUUGUUGGACGCGGCAUUGGCGGCAUUGGCGUUGGCGCUGCUAGCAUGCUUGUUCCCCUAUAUGUUGCAGAGGCAUCCCCGCCAAACAUUCGCGGUCGUCUCGUGGGAAUUUAUGAGGUUGGAGUGUCCAUGGGGACCAUGAUUGGGUUCUGGAUCAACUAUGGGCUUGACAGAAAUCUACCAUCGAACUCGGCCCAGUGGAUGAUUAGCUUUGCAGUCCAAUUGGUUCCUGGAGGCCUGUUGAUGAUUGGCAUCUUCCUGAUUCCAGAGUCACCAAGAUGGCUUGCAAGAAAGAAGGGCCGCGAGGCGUGUGUCGAGGUUCUUCAGCGGGUUCGAAACAUCGCGGCCGAUCAUCCAUAUCUGGUGGAAGAGGUUCACAGUAUCUUCCAGCAACUUGAGCAUGAAGAGGCCCUCACGGAAGGGAACGGGGUCAAAUCCAUUCUUAAAGAGAUGUUCGGGCCAGCUAUAUUUCGCAGUAUCGGUCUCACUGGUGGCAACACGGCAUUAUUUGCGACCGGCGUGUACGGUCUGGUUCGAUUCGUUGCUAUCUUAGUCUCGAUGUUAAUUGUGGUCGAUCGCUUUGGUCGGACAAGGACUCUAAUGGCGGGAAGUGCGAUCAUGGGCUACGCAAUGUGGUUCAUUGGAGCCUACGCCAAAGUUGCAAAUCCGCCCACCAAGGGAGCUACAAGCAUCACACCCGGCGGCUACGCUGCUGUAGUACAUAUAUACAUUUACGCAGUUGGCUGGUGCUUCUCAUGGGCGGGCAUCCCUUGGAUCUACGCGGCAGAGAUCUUCCCAACGCGUAUAAGGUCGGCUUGUGUUUCGUUUUGCGUGGCCAUUCACUGGAUCAUGAACUUCGUUAUCGCACGCAGUGUUCCCUACAUGAUCACGAACAUUACCUUUGGCACAUACUUUCUCUUCGCCGCAUUCAUGACGGUCGCUAUUCCUUGGGUCUAUUUCUUUGUCCCAGAAACUCGGAAUAUCAGCCUGGAGGACAUGGAUGAAUUGUUCGGUGGCCAACCAGUGGACCACUUGUACAAUGAGAGCAAGGGAGAAACUAUGGACAGAGAGACGUCUGGAGUGGACCAUGUAGAAAGGCCUUGUGUUUCCCCUUAA